CCGCGCGGAGAUACUUUCCACAGGAGUCCUCAAUCGCCGACCGAAUCGGGCUCAAUAAAAAAAAAAACCACACAAACACAGGGAGAUUAUUAACUCAAAUAAAGAAAAUCGUAAUUCGUUAGUGUGCCAUAUAACUUAAUAUCUCUAAGCCGAAAUAUAGCUAUACUUCAACACUCCUGCCGAAAGGUCAAUUAACCCAAGCGUGCAGUAUAUAUUAACCCAAAAAGUCUAAGCGAAACCAAGCUGCCAAGUGAAAAGAAAAGGGCAGAAGUUCCGAAAGUACUCUUGAACCUUGCUAAACAAAAACGAAACAAGUUUAAAUUGCACUGGACUGGCAACUUCCGCUUCCGUUGAGUGCUUCAAUUUCAGUUUAAUGUUAACUCCGACAAAACCUAAAUUGACAAGAACAACCGAGCCAAAAAUAAAGUGAACGUAAACCAAGAAACCUAAGGAAAAAAGUUUUUUGUGGGGCGUUCUUUCCGACUCCAAACACUCGAUACAAAGGGAUACUUGGAGAUAGGACGCGGAUAAAGUGCAUAAAUCAACGCCACUGCAAAAGCCGAGAGCAACAAUAACUGGAAGCAAUUAAUUUUAUUCAAACAAGAGCAACAAUAAGGACGACGACAAAAAAUGGAUUACGGCUGGCUGAUGUUUCUGUUCAUCGCACUUUUAAUUGACUACCCAAUCGCAUAUGCUCUGUUUGUGACGGAUAUCAGUGUACCCGAGAUCGUAGAUUUUCGGGACAAUGUUACCUUAUCUUGCAGCUACGAUAUGCGAGGUCACACGCUAAACUCAGUCAAAUGGUACAAAGAUCACGAGGAGUUUUUCAGAUAUUCACCCUUGACGAGUCCGAUUUACAUGACUUUUGAUGUGGCUGGUUUGCAAGUGCUGGAGGGAAAAUACGUGUGCAACGAAUCGAGCUGCCGACUGGAUUUGAGUUUACAAGGUGCAAAGUCCACAGGACUCUAUAAGUGCGAAGUUAGCGGCGAUGCGCCCCAUUUUAAGCUGGCGGACAAGGCCGACAACAUGACUGUUGCAGCACUGCCUCAGAACGAUCCGCUAAUCGAGAGCUUCAACUCGAUGUAUCGCAUGGAGGAAUACCUCAAAGCUACCUGCAUAUCGGAUUUUUCCAGCCUGCCCACGCGACUCACCUGGUACAUCAAUGGCGAGCAGCCGCUCUUAGGCGAACUGUAUCCCACAACGGACACAAGUUUGGCGGCCCAUGAUUAUGUACUGAGGCGACAGCGGCUUCAGGUGCAAUUCUUUUUGCAGGGGCAGCGCUUUUUCCAGGCCGGAAAAAUCCUGGAGCUCAAGUGCGUGGCGGAAAUUGAAAAUUAUCCGGAGCUGAGACGCGAGAAGACGCUCAGUGCGUCGCUAUCGCAGUACGACAAUUUCAACAAUCAAAUGCCUCUGAGGCAUGCGAAUGCAAACUCUGGCUCGGCACAAAGGAGCAUCCUGUGUGGCAGGACGUCACUAAUUUCCGCAUUCCUGGCGGCAAUUCUACUAAUUCACUGUUUGCGACGACCUUCAUGAACACGCUCAUCCAUAAGAGAAACAGAAUCGGUGGAAGAACUUAAAUCUUCGGACUCGGAUUCCAAAUCGCCUCGUAUGGCAACUUUGUCAACUAUAUCAUCACGUUAGUUAGUCAGUCAGUUAGUCACCUAGAUAGUUAGUUAGGGUAACAGACAAAGGUAAGACCGCGAAUUAGUGAAUAGGAAAGCUUUUGGGUCGAUAAAUGUAAAUAAAAUUGAUGGAGUGAAACGUUAAAGGUUAUGAAUGCUCAAGGAAAGAUAUUAAAAAUAGAAAUGUUUUAAAUUAAUAAUUAAGUAUAUUCUUUAAAUUAUUUCGUAUGAAAACGUUUUUAUGAACA